UGCUCCCUCAAACUCCAAGGCCUCGGGUAGAUGGCGUUCUAAGUGCCCAGAUGAAUCUCCAUUUUGCUUUACUAUCAUGCCAGUAUGAAUCACUAGAAGAAAGAAAACUAUAACUAUUAUGUCCUGGAAUUCAAGGCUAAAUCUGACAAGUGAAGGAUUUGAUUUCAUUGUCAAUGCGGGCCAUAGGCAUCAAAGACCCAGGUGGACCAGAGAAGCUGUAUAUAGGAGAUGUCCCCAGACCUGAACCUAAAGAUGGUGAAGUCCUCAUUAACGUCCAUGCAACAGCUUUAAACAGGGCUGACCUGUUGCAGAGUGAAAUUCUUGGUCUGGUAGCUAUUGGAGUAAUCUCUGGACUUGGUCCUCAAGUCAGCAGAACUUUUAGGCUGGGAGAAGUAAUGGCUUUGCUUUCUGGAGGUGGUUAUGUACAGUACGCAGCUGUGCCUGAAGAACUGCUCAUGCCAGUCCCUAUGCAUCUCACACUCUGUGAAGCUGCUGCAAUUCCAGAGGCAUGGCUCACUGCCUACCAACUUCUACACUUCAUAGGCCAGGUUAAGCCAGGAGAAAUGGUGUUAAUUCAUGCUGGAGUAAGUGGCGUCAGCAUGGCAGCCAUUCAGCUUGCUUGUCUGAGCUGUCCUGUUCCAAUCGUGACUGCUGGAAGCCUGGAAAAAUUAAAGAUGGCAUUACAACUGCAUGCAGCUGCAGGGUUCAAUUACAAGGUGGUUGAUUUCUCUGAGAAGAUCCUGCAGUUCACUGAAGGAAAGGGAGCUGAUAUCAUCCUGGACUGCAUAGGUGGAACUUCUUGGGAGAAAACUGUGCAUAGCUUCGCUAUGGAUGGAAGAUGGGUGUUGUAUGGUACAAUGGGUGGAAGACCAGUGGAGGGGGACCUGCUUGGCAAGCUUUUGUUUAAGCGAGGACACAUUCUCAGCAGUCUUCUCAGAUCCUAAAGUCUACAAUAUAAAGCUGAACUGGUUAGGAGCUUCAGUAAACAGGUUUUGCCACACUUUCAGUCACGAGGCCUGUUAUCGACAGGAUAUUCAACAUGGAUGACAUUUCUGAAGCACACAGACACAGAGGCCAAUAAAAAUAUUGGAAAAAUUGUGA